UGCAUUAAAGCAAUACCAAUCAGACCUUCCAUUACAAAGGCAUAUGGAAGAGUUGAUGCUGAUGGUUCUAGAUAUUUACUCGGCGAUCAUGCUGGGCUUCUUCACCUACUUGUUAUAACCCAUGAGAAAGAAAAGGUUACUGGACUAAAAAUUGAGUUAUUGGGGGAAACUUCUAUUGCCUCAACAAUAUCAUAUCUCGAUAAUGCAGUUGUUUAUAUUGGCUCAAGCUAUGGAGAUUCACAGCUUGUAAAGCUAAAUCUACAUCCUGAUGCAAAAGGUUCCUAUGUAGAAGUUCUAGAGAGAUAUGUCAAUCUGGGCCCAAUUGUUGACUUUUGUGUGGUGGAUCUUGAGAGACAAGGCCAAGGUCAGGUUGUGACUUGCUCUGGAGCUUAUAAAGAUGGUUCUCUUCGCAUAGUUAGGAAUGGGAUUGGAAUCAAUGAACAGGCAUCUGUUGAACUUCAAGGAAUUAAAGGAAUGUGGUCGUUGAGAUCGUCUACUGAUGAUCCAUUUGACACCUUCCUGGUUGUUAGUUUUAUUAGUGAGACUCGUAUAUUGGCUAUGAAUCUGGAGGAUGAGUUGGAAGAAACAGAGAUAGAGGGUUUCUGUUCUCAAGUGCAGACUUUGUUUUGCCAUGAUGCUAUGUACAACCAACUUGUACAAGUCACAUCAAAUUCUGUAAGACUUGUAAGUUCUACAACUAGAGAGCUGCGGGAUAUAUGGAAUGCACCUGAUGGGUAUUCAAUUAACGUCGCCACAGCUAAUGCCACCCAGGUUCUGUUGGCAACUGGAGGCGGCCACUUAGUUUAUAUAGAAGUUGGUGAUGGUAAACUAACUGAAGUAAAACAUGCACAAUUGGAAUAUGAGAUCUCAUGCCUUGACAUAAACCCCAUUGGCGAGAAUCCUAACUACAGCCAGUUAGCUGCAGUAGGAAUGUGGACAGACAUAAGUGUGAGGGUAUUUUCGCUACCAGAUUUGAAUCUCAUCACAAAGGAGUAUCUAGGAGGAGAAAUCAUACCUCGCUCGGUUCUUCUUUGUUCCUUUGAAGGGAUAUCUUACUUGUUAUGUGCCCUUGGAGAUGGUCACCUCUUGAACUUCCAAUUGAACAUGAACACUGGUGAAUUAACAGAUAGGAAAAAGGUUUCUCUUGGGACCCAGCCCAUUACACUCCGUACAUUCUCAUCCAAAAGUACUACACAUGUAUUUGCUGCUUCAGAUAGGCCAACAGUAAUUUAUAGCAGUAACAAGAAACUGUUGUACAGCAAUGUGAAUUUGAAAGAAGUUAGUCAUAUGUGCCCUUUCAACUCUGCUGCUUUUCCAGACAGCCUUGCAAUUGCAAAGGAAGGUGAACUUACUAUUGGCACCAUUGAUGAUAUUCAGAAGCUCCACAUCCGCUCUAUCCCGCUUGGGGAACAUGCACGUCGUAUUUGCCAUCAGGAACAAUCUCGGACUUUUGCCAUCUGUAGUUUGAAAAACCAGCCAAGUGCAGAAGAAUCUGAAAUGCACUUCAUUCGUUUGUUAGAUGACCAAACAUUUGAGUUCAUGUCAACCUACCCUCUUGAUACUUUUGAGUAUGGUUGCUCAAUUCUCAGCUGCUCCUUUUCGGAUGAUGUUAAUGUAUAUUAUUGUGUUGGGACAGCAUAUGUUUUGCCUGAAGAAAAUGAACCUACCAAGGGCCGAAUACUGGUAUUCAUGGUUGAGGAUGGAAAGUUACAGCUUAUUGCUGAGAAAGAAACUAAAGGAGCUGUCUACUCUCUAAAUGCCUUCAAUGGAAAAUUGCUUGCCGCUAUUAAUCAGAAAAUCCAGUUGUACAAGUGGAUGCUGCGAGAUGAUGGUACUCGUGAGUUGCAAUCUGAGUGUGGACAUCAUGGACACAUACUUGCCCUGUAUGUACAAACUCGUGGAGAUUUCAUUGUUGUUGGUGAUCUGAUGAAGUCAAUUUCCCUGUUAAUCUACAAACACGAGGAAGGUGCUAUAGAAGAGCGGGCACGUGACUAUAACGCAAAUUGGAUGUCAGCUGUUGAGAUUCUUGAUGAUGACAUAUACCUUGGUGCUGAAAAUAACUUCAAUCUCUUCACAGUUCGGAAAAACAGUGAAGGAGCCACAGAUGAGGAACGAGGACGUCUAGAGGUUGUUGGUGAAUACCACCUUGGGGAAUUCGUCAAUAGGUUCCGGCAUGGUUCUCUUGUCAUGCGCUUGCCAGAUUCCGAUGUAGGUCAAAUUCCAACUGUUAUUUUUGGCACCGUCAAUGGUGUGAUUGGAGUCAUUGCCUCGUUGCCACAUGAUCAGUACAUAUUUUUAGAAAAGCUCCAGUCGAAUCUAAGGAAGGUGAUAAAGGGUGUGGGUGGGUUGAACCAUGAGCAAUGGAGGUCGUUCAAUAAUGAGAAGAAAACUGUUGAUGCCAAAAAUUUCUUGGAUGGAGAUCUGAUCGAGUCUUUUCUAGAUCUCAACAGAAAUCGGAUGGAAGAGAUCUCAAAAUCAAUGAGUGUUCCGGUGGAGGAACUUUGCAAAAGAGUUGAAGAACUUACAAGGUUACAUUGAUUUGAUUGGCAUUUUAACUUCACUUUUCUCUUACUUCUGGUUUCUCCAUUGUGUAGCCUUUAUACAAACCAAUUUCGUGAAUAGUGCAUGGCAAGUAGUGAAUGUGUUUCUUUGUGGGAACUGAGACGCCUGUAUAUUAUAGUCUUUUGUGUACUUAAAUUUUUUUUUUCCCUUCCUUCUAUCCUUUUGAAUAAGCCGAAGUUGCGAAUCAUGCCUGCCUGCCUAAUUAGGCUUAGAGUUUGCUCUUUAAAUCGUGUAAAUGUAAUGGUUUGUAAGAUUUGCUUUUUGUUGCAAGAAAGUGAAAAAGAUUUCGGGAAA